AUGCGCGGCAGCAGCUCGUACGCGACGCCGCCGCAUGGCCAGAUGAUCAUCAACAUGAAGACGACGGUGACGACAAGCGGCGGCGCUCACAACGGGCUUGUCGUGCACAGCGCCAUUCAGUCGUCGUCGUCGUCGUCGUCGGCAAACCCGUCGACAAGUGGCGGACCAUCCGAUUGGCGAACAUCGCCAUACGUCGAAUCGCCAGCGCCGAUUAGAAAAAUUGAAGAUCGCAUCGAAAUGAUUCGAUCAAACUCUUCGCUUCAUAGAGAGCGCUCGUCAAGCCCGCUGCCUAUUCAAAUGGUACCCAGUACGAGUCGAGAAACCGUUUAUUCAGGAAAACGUGACAGCUCGCCGAAUGUUCCGGCAGCUCCACCAUCGCCACCCGCAUCACCAAUAUAUUCAUUCAAGGGACGAAAUUCGCCGCCAGACGAAUUCAUUCAACCAACCAAGUUAAUGCUAAAUGUAUUCAAUCCGACACACAUUCACAUACCCGAAAAUUGCUUGGCGCUCGUGCCCGCCGCAAUGAUCAGUUCUGAGCGCUACUACCAUAAGAUCAUUGAAACGACUCAUAGGGAAGCCCCGGCAUGGCAGACAUCAAUUCCGCGGAAUCAGGUGACGACGACGACACAUGACGGCGGAAUUCAAUUGUCGAGAAGGGAAGCGUUACUCAACGACGCUGUCACCACAACAACCACCGUCGAGGUGUUCCGAGCACCGCUUGACGAGACUCCGAUCGUCUCACUUCCUCCACCCCCCUAUGGUGGCCAGCCAUUGCUCAUUCGAACACAUGGGCCGUCGUAUGAGCGUUGGGGAAACACUAGAACUCAGACCACAUUAGCUGAUGAGCCUCUUCAUAGCAACUCGACAUCAAAAGGUGUGCAAUGGAAGGAAACGCUGGUCGAGAAUCGGCGCUAUUUGAACGGCGACAAUGACUACGAUGAAAUCUUGCCGCCGCCACCACCGCCAAUGCCGAAUCCGCAUACUUACUACCAUCACCCACAAUCGCAAUAUUCGCCGAUCUCGCAUCCGAUCAUUACACACAACUCAAGAGAAGAUCUGUCGAAGCCGAUGAGUCGCGCUUCGGCAUAUCAAGCGCCGACAUCGCAACCGCCGCGCACCCUUAGUCCAUUAUACAUUGUGCCGGAUCGGAAGCAACAACAGAUGCAGCAACCGCAGAAUCACCAAAUGACAUCUCCAAGUUAUAGGAGCAAUUAUGGAUCGAGAGAGUCGUUGAAUAGUGGAUAUUAUGACAUAGAUAGGAGUAGAGAUAGUGGAAGGCAUUCGAGUCAUCGUCGCUCCGACGAUCGUCAUCCUCGACGCUCGAAGAGUAAUACUCGCGACGAGGCAUCGAGCAUGACGCCGCAAGGCGGCCGCCGCUACAAACGAAGCAGUCGGCAUCGGAGCAUGAGCCCGAUGGCGGGACGCGCAAGCAACUACGGCGGUUCGCAAGAGUUCGUAAUUCCCGCUCAUUCACCCAUCGGUAGCACCCUAAUGCUGGCGAGUCCUGAUCCGAACGAGUUGCCCGGUCGACCGGCGAGCGCCAAAAGCGCCGAGAUUUUCGCGCUGUAUCAGACACGCGACGCGCUCAAUCGGGUCGUUGACCAACUAGAUCGACUAAUGGAGAGUGUAAUUGAUGAGCUCGAAAUGAUCACAUCGCCGUUGGCUGAGUCGGAAGACUCGGUGAUCUCCGAAGCUUCACAUAGACAUGAUUGUGUGAGGUCGUGUGUUUUGGAAGCAAGACGACCAAUGAGAAAUUCGAUGGAAAUUGACGAUGAUGGUGGAAAUGAUAAGGAAAUUGACGAGAUUUAUGAUCGGCCUCCGCCAUUGCCGGAAAAGGACUAUGCAAGGAUUAGUCAGUUUUACCGAAAACGCACUGAUGAGUUCAACAUGCGUCGUUCUCGAAGUUUUGACAAAUCCAGGAAUGCUCCGCCUCGUCCGCGAACACCGUCUCGAAACGCUCGCCAUUUUGUGGAUCGCAAAAAGGAAACACUUUACGCGACACCGAAAAAAAUUGUCGAAAUCCCAAAAAUUGAGGAAUUUAAAGAACUGCCAAAAUAUGUGAAAAAUGACGAUGUGACAGCGACGACUUCAACCUCGACGGCCACAAUCGAUAUGAGCACAGAGCAAGAGUUCAAUUCGUCAUCGGAUAAAGUUAAGAAGGUCGAACAGCAGUUGACAACUUUGCGAUUGGCAAGAGAAGAUUCAUUGACGAAUCUGCUGAAGCGACACUUGAGUCAAAAGGCGAAAACUGCUGAGAGCACUGAAGAGACUGUUGAAGAGGAAUUGACGCCGAAGUUACCCGAGUAUGUGGAGCCGAAAGAUCCGAUAGUGAAAGAACUUCAAGAGUUCUUAAAUAUCGCACCAAAAACGGAAAGUAAGGAGAAUGAGAAAUAUGAAAAGGCUUCAUCAUCGCCUACAAUCUCAACAUCUUCAACAAUUGUUUAG